GCUCAGCCGCGCGCCUGCUUCUCCGACGCCGCCAUUAGCGGUUAUGAAACUUCUGAGCUACAUCAAGCAAUGGAAAUCCGCCGCUCGAGAAGCCGUAGCGCAAGCUUCAAUCGCCGCCCAAUUCCUUUCCUUCAUUCACAUCACCGACGCCUACAUCUGCUCCACAACUCUCGUUCAGGGCCCCAGCAUGCUCCCGACAUUGAAUUACUCCGGCGACGUGGUCUUGAUCGAACACCUGUCCCAUCGAUUGGGGAAGCUCGAACCUGGCGAUAUCUUGCUGGUUCGUUCUCCCGUCGAUCCUAAAAAGAUUGUGGCGAAGCGGAUUGUUGGAAUGGAGGGCGAUCGAGUUACUUACCUCACGGAGCCUUCUUACAGCGAGAGCUCCCGCACUGUCCUGGUUCCAAAAGGCCACGUCUGGAUUCAGGGGGACAAUGUCUAUGCUUCUGCUGAUUCCAGAUACUUUGGUGCUGUUCCUUAUGGUUUGAUUCAAGGGAGAGCAUUUCUAAGAGUUUGGCCAAUUGGAGACUUCGGCUAUUUGUGAUGAACACAGAUACUGAAAGGUAUCUAGUUGCCUGGGUUUGUAAUCAUCUGUUCAAGGUUCCCUACGUACUUUUGUCCAUAACAUGUUUGCCUAAUUCGAUGGAAAUGACAUCUCCUCGAUAUGUAUGGUACCUUGCUGUUCUUUCUAGGUAGAUUUUAGAUGUUGAAAUAGCAGAUCGCAAAUGUGAGCAUGUGAUAUUUAUAAGGGCGUGUAUCUAAUGAAUGCUCGAAUGAUAACACUAUCAGUUGAUCAUAGCUCCCUGUAUUUGCAACUCAGAGAAUGAAGCUGAAAUGUACAGAGGUAUUUACAUGCAAUUUGCUCUAGCACUUCCUUGGUCUUUAUUCUUUACAACCCCUUGAUUUGCAGAGUUGAUCUAGUGCCUUAUUCCCUAUUGGUUGAGUGCUUGCUGAAUGAAUAAGAACUCUCCCUGGAUUGUGUUUGGACACGCAACUCUCGAACCGUUGGAAGACUGCAAUUCCUCUUUUUUCUGUUCUAAGUGCACGAGCACGACUUAAAUGGCUUUCACUCACUGCAGUGAGAGACAACAAGCUGUCUGUCUCGAGCUGGAUUAAUCCACACAAAUCUUUCCAUUUCCAGAAGCAAGGCAAGCAACUGAUCCAUCUGUACCUCUUGUGGACAUGCUGAUCACACGACACCACUGAAGUUUUGCUUGAAAUAGAAUGGUCAGCAGCUGGUUCCAUACCUUCCUCUCUUUCUAUUAAUACUUAACAGUUAACAGCAUAAAUGGUGUGGUCGUCGGCGCUAGAUCCCAGCUGUGUGGCAGUCUAUCAGCAGCCUGACUGGCUCGUCGCUGUCGCGUCAGUAAUGAGGAUCAGUGGCAUUCAACCCCCAAAUCAAUGCUGUUCUUUAUGAAAGUUGGUUGGCCAUGCUUAUUGAUUCCCCACGUUCUAAAUAAAGAUGGACAGUCUGUCUGUCUAUAGCAAUGGCGGUAUGGCCUAGCAUUUGAGUGGUGUUGCUUAAUGACAUCUCCAUUUCAGUCACUCAAAUCAUUUCACCUCCUGACCUGCUCCAACAGAGACCUUUCGAGUAGAUAAGAUAAUGUGUCUUUCAUCUAUCAUAUCUCCUCAAUCAAAAUAGACAUAAAACGACAAAACGAUACAUGGAUUAAGAAAGUAAAUGUAAUAUUUUUUUUCUGACAUUCACGACACGUGAGUCAUCCAAGACAUGCUGCUUGUCAUAAAUUAGUUGGUCUCAAUAACCCGAGUUGUUGGAAGAAGGUUAUGCUGGAUCUUAUACCACUCUCUAACACGCUUCCUCAAACGAAAGCCGACUCAUGGGCUUGAAAUUUGCACAGGCCUAUCAUACAUUGUGCUUUAAUCGGCUCUUAAUAUUGGGGGUCGUGGAGAUUUGAACACACGACCACUUGGCCAAACUAGCUCUGAUACCAUGUCAUAAAUCGGUUAUGCUGGA